UCCUCUUUCUGUCAGUAUAAACAAGAAGAUUACGCUUCUGAAGUCACCCUGGGGAGAGAGAGAGAGAGAGACAGCUGCCGCCUGGAUCUUGCUGCGCAGGGACUCCCCACAGCUCAGGGAUGGAUGACUUUUUGGGCUUUAAUGAUUCUUAUGAUUAUGCAAACUACGGCUCCUCCAACUAUACCUCUGUGGACAUGAAUUGUAUGAACAGCCUGAAUCCACUCAUCUGGCUGGCCCUGAUCCUCUACGCCCUGGUUUUCCUGGUGGGCGUGCUGGGCAAUGGGGCAGUCAUCUGGGUGGUGGGAUUCCAGAUGCGGCGCACGGUGAACACAGCCUGGUUCCUCAACCUCUCUGUGGCUGACCUCCUCUGCUGCCUGGCCCUGCCCUUCCUGGCUGUGCCGCUGGCUUCUGACCACUGCUGGAAGUUGGGCAAUUUCGCUUGCAAGCUCUUCCCCUCCCUCACCAUUCUCAACAUGUUUGCCAGCAUCCUGCUGCUGGUGCUUAUCAGCAUAGAUCGCUGUGCCUUGGUUGUCAAGCCCGUGUGGUGCCAGAACCACCGCUCGCCCCGCCUGGCCUGGAUGCUGUGUGGCCUGGCCUGGGCCUUUGCUCUGCUCCUCACCCUCCCCUCCUUCUUCUCCCGGCGGACACAAUUGCAUGGCUCCAAGACGACGUGUGGCAUUGAUUACUCCAUCUUUGGCGGGGAUAGUCGCAUGGCUGAACUCUCUGUGGUUACCAUGCGCUUCCUCUUUGGCUUCCUGAUCCCCUUCAUGGUCAUCUGCAUCUGCUAUGGGCUGCUGAUCUCCCGCGUGCGCAACAGCCGUUUCAUGCGCUCCAGGAAGACCCUGAAGGUGGUGCUGGUGGUCAUUGUGGGCUUCUUUGUCUGCUGGGCCCCUUAUCAUGUGGCUGGCCUGAUCCUGGCCAGCGAGCCCUCCAGCAGUCCUCUCUUUCAGUCUGUGAACAAGGCUGAUGCCCUGGUUGUGGCCCUGGCCUACAUCAACAGCUGCAUCAACCCCAUCAUCUAUGUCAUCGGGGGACAGGACUUCAAGACAAAGAUGCGGCACUCGCUGAAGGGUCUGCUGCGCAAUGUCUUGAGCGAUGAGUCUGUGCUGGCAAAUUCCCUGGCUGAGGGCCAUGGUGCACAGGCCACCUGCCUGACCACUGAAGACCGGAGCACCAGCACAACUGUGUGAUGGUGGGCAUGCCUCAGGGGCAGCUCCUCAAGUCAGAGGCUUUUGGGCACCAAGGCUUUCCGCAUAGUCUGUACUUCUGCCCCCUCCCCUAGAACAAAGGAGGCACUUUUGCAUGUGUUCUGCCUGCACAAGCCACCUCUUGCUGCAGCCACUGCUGGCUUAGGGUAGAGACACACUUACUGUGGUGCCUCUUCCUCUCUUUUCUCAAAAUGGGGGCACACAGUGCCAGUCAAACUACCCCUUUAAUCUUAAAACCUUGUCAGAUUAGUUCCAGUGUGUUGUUUUUUUAAAAUUCAGCUUCAGGGAGGUUUUGUAACUGAUUGGUAGAUUGACCCCUUUGUCUUCCAGGAGUGGCCAAUGGAAACACUUUGCUGCAGGCUUAGGCAGGGACAGUAAUUGGCACAAUACUUUGCUGAAGUCAGCAGUGGGGAAGGGAGGUGUGGCCAGCCGAGGGCACAGUCACUGCAGAAUGCAGCCCAAACUCCCAUUCUGGCUGCUUUUGAAGCGACUUGCGUGCCCACAGCCUUAUUUUGCUCUGUGAGGAGGCCACAAGCCUCAGUCUGGGGCACCUCCACGGAGACCAUGUGCCAGAUAACGCCCUCCGCCACCCCAGUGUUGUCUUGUGUCUCAAUAAGUAACUAUCCCAGGCUUCCUUCCAGUGGGUGGGUGGAGGGGAAGAGUGAGAAGGGGCGGUUCCCCAGCCAAAGCCCUCAGGACCACCCUGUGGUUGGCAUAGGAGCAGCUGGAUUUGAACCAACAGUGUGCUCCAGGCAGGGAGGGGUCUCAGACUUGAAGGGGUGGGGGGGUUACAAGCUGGCCAGCUGGCAGAAUCUUCUCCAGUUUCUCUCUUGAGUGGGCCAGGAGGCAAAAAAAGAGCUGCUGACUCCCAGACUUUCCAGAAGAGGCAAGUGUGCAACUCAGUCCCUGAGGAUGAAGGGAAGAUGAUGGAGCCCCCCCCAUUUUGCAUUAACAUUUCCUUUCCCAGGAUCUUAAAGCGCAGCGUGGGCUGGUCUCCCCUUCCCUCCCAGCUUCCAUUGACUCCCUGGGCUUGAGACAGAAGGACACAUGUCAUUCCAUGCAAGUGCAACAACAGUGUAAUGUGUAUUGGGACAAACUGAGGUCCCCACCAGGGAUGUAGCUGUGUGGGGUCUUGGGGGGUCUUAGACCCUUUACUUUUUUGGGAGCAGGGUCCCAAUGUCUCCAGCAUCCUACAAACCAAUCAGCAAGAAAGAGGAGUAUAUUAGCCACUAAGAAGAGUCUUCUAAUAUGUUUCCUUGUCCUUUCCUGCUGAUUGGAGCCAGAGUGAAAGGAGGCGAGUCAAACACUGAGAAGACUCUUCUCAGUGCUAACACUCUUCUCUUUCAUGCUUAUGGGUCCCUAGGCAUUAAUAAGGAUCUCAUUCUCAACCCCAGAGCAAAAAAAGUGGGGAGUAUGGCUGUGUCUAGCAUGAAGGGACCCUGCACUUCUGAAUUUGCCACCCCGCUACUGGUCCCCACUGUCUGUAAACACACAGGCAAAAGGUCUUGUGGUCCUGGAGAAAAACAUCAACUCAUUUAAAAUAUUAUUUAGAAUAAGAAAUUAUUGGGAGAGAGAUUGCAAAUAAAACAGCAAGUAUUGCAAUGCCAUUAUAUGUGUCUGUCAUAUGUUCUUCCUUAACAUAGUAUAAAAAGUUUUAAGAGGCUGAAACAGCUUUAUCCAAAGCAGCACUGAUAAGUAACUCAUUCCAUUAGCAGGGCCAGCACCAGAGGGCAGCCAGGUUGGGCCCUUGUCAAGGGCCUCUGUGGCCUUGAGGGGCCCGUCCUUAGGGUGGGUGGCUAGCGUUCCCAUUCUGUGAUCCAUGGCAGUGUCGGCUGCCUACCCUGCCACAGAUUGCAGAGAGGCAGUUCCCAGGCACCCCCAAUACAGUCAGUAUGGGCUUCAGGUUGCCUGCUGCCCACCCCACCUACCUUUCCUGUUCCUGUGAAUGUUGUGCAUGCUGUACACACAUGCCUGCCAUCAACCAAGAUGCCCAUGGGGGCUUCCCCAAGGGGCUGACACCCCCACUGCCAUCUUGGUUGAUGGCAGGCACGUCAUUCACAGGGACAGGAGAGGUAGGUGAGAUGUGCAGGUGGACUUAUUAGCCCCAUGGCACCCAUAUGGGUGAGUUGGGCUGUGGCACCAUGGGUCCGAGGCAGGCUGGGGCCCAGGGACUGUCCAUUAGCACAAGAAUUUACUUGCACAGCUCCUCUGCUGGCCCCUCUUAUAUAGGUCAGAAGCAUCCCAAACUCUGAGAUUUCAGGGGCGGCCCUAGUGAUGUCAGAGGGGCAGGUCAUAGUAAUGUCAUUGGGUUGGGGUGCAGUGAUGUCAGAAGGGCAGGCCCGAAUGAUGUCAUUAAACAUGAUAUAUUAAGCAUCAACCACAGUUGCCUGGAGCAUACAAUUCAAACAAAAACAUUUCUCUGGUUUAAGUGCCCUCAGGCCAGCCCAAUCACCAGAAGGCCAUUGUAGGAAGAAAGGAGCCUAGAGUUGUGGAGGUGUUAGAUGGGAGCACUCAGGAGUGAAGAUGGAUACCCCUGAAGGCUGUAAUUCUAAACACACUUACUAAGCCCCAUAGAACUCAAUAAGACUUACUUCUGAGUAGAUAUGGUUUGGAUUGUGUUGUUAGUAAAGCUUAACUAGGGAUCCUCUGCAAAGAUAUCCAUAUCCAAAAAGGAUUGGCAACCCCCUGCCUGGAAUGCCCUGCCCCUACAUUUUAACAUACAAAUUUCUUUACAGAUUUGACCCUUCACUUUAGAAAGAGGUCUAAGAAAUGAGUAAGAAGAUUCUGUACCCUUUUCGGUCUACCCUGUGGGCUGCUCUAAACUCACUUUGAGAGGCAACACAAUUCCAUUGAGGAAUCACUGACAGAGAGAAAACACACAUGGUUUGGUCUAUCUUUGCAGACAGCAGCUUGGGAACCACAACAAUUGGCCAGUAUGUGAAUUCUCUUUUACCACAAUUGGGCAAGAAACAAACCAUCAUCCAACCAAUGGGUUUAAGGGGGUUGAGCUGAGUGCAUGGAACCAUUGUUGUUGCUUCUAUGGCUGUAAGAGAGUGAGCUCAAAGGUAAAUGAAAUGCAAACAGAAAAAGAAAACUCAGCAUCCCACAACCAGUCAGGCUUCCUGACCAAAACUAAAAAAAAUAUUGGCAGCCAGUCAGCCAAGGUCACAGAAAUUCCCAUGCAGCACAACCUGACCCAUGGGCUGCAGUUAGUUCAGAAUGCUGUGGCACAAUUGCUGACAAGAGAGAGACCCUAUCAGCACAUAAUAUCUCUACUCUGAAAUCUGCACUGGUUGCUGAUUUGUUACCAGGCCAAGUUCAAGGUGUGCUUUCCAUGUUACGGGUGCUACAUAGUACUUGUUCUGUUCUUGUAAGAAAUCAGUCCUUUAGUGUGGCAGCACCUAUGCUUGGAACUCCCUGCCUAUUGAUUAGGCAGAUACCUUCAUUGUACUCUUUUUAGCACCUGCUAAAAACAUUUUUGUUUAGGCAAGCCUAUGCAAGCAGGUAGAAGCUAUUGCAUUUUUAAUCUGUUUUUAACUCAUUGUUGGUUUUAUUAGUUUGACUGUUUGUAAAUACCUGUCUUUGUUUUUGCCAAUAAUUUUAUUGUUUUAAUUCCUUCUGUAAACUGCUUUAAGAUUUUUUACAAUAAAUCGGUAUAUAAAUG